CAAGUCAAUCAUAUUAUCCGUCUAAAAUAUCCAAUUCGUAAUUUUAUCUCGCCAUUGCCCGCUCCCAAGACUAUCCGUGCCGUGCGAAAGCUGCACCUCCUUCGAGCCAAUCCUUCGCAAAUUCGUGAUUUGAACGCCUAUGGAGUGAGGCCGUCGUUGCCAUAUCGAAGCUUUGGGAGGAGCAAUUGCGCGAGGAAAAUGCCCACCACUGCAGAGAAUUGGAUAGGACGAGGCAUGGGCUCGAAGAACUCGGUGUCCGUGUUGCUGUUGUAGUUGCAGGCUGGAUUGAUUCAGAAAUCAUUUCAGCCCCAUAGCUGGGCUGAAGUUUAUAAUGACUACCUCCUCGAGUUUGGGCCUAAGAAGCCUUUCCCCAAUUAGCUUCCUGUCCCAUGGGAAUUCCAGAGCGAUCUCUCGUCCUGCUUCUUGGGCUCCGGGAAUGGGGUUUCUCAAGUUGGGCCUCUCUGCCAGUUGUUCACGGAUCAAACACACGAACUCGUUACGGUCCCGUUUUGCGGUGAGUGUUGUAAGUCCAGUUGCUGCGGCCGUCUCUGCCGAUGGCAACGAUGAUGGAGAAGACGAUGAAGAUGAGUUUUCGGAGGAGGUUCUGGAGAAGGAAGCGGCGAAGGUAGCGAAGGCCUACUCGCGGUCUCUCCUCGAACAAAUUCGCGAGGAGGACGAAGCGGAAGCUAGCGGAGGGAGAAAGCGGAGGAAGCCAAAAGUUGAAGUUGAAGAAAUUGAAGAGUCUCGCAUCCCUGACAAUCUUCUUCCCAAAGUGGCCAUUGUUGGGAGACCAAAUGUGGGAAAGUCGGCUCUAUUUAAUCGCCUUGCUGGGGGUGAUGUGGCCAUUGUACAUGAUGAACCAGGCGUCACUCGAGAUCGUCUAUACACGAGGGCUUUUUGGGGCGAACAAGAAUACAUGCUGGUGGAUACAGGUGGUGUUUUGACAGUUCCUUCUUCUGGGGUUACGACAACGGACGGUAUUGCAAUCACCACAGGCGGAGGUUCUGAUGCUGUAGUUCAGGCUCUGAAAGAAGCUGCGGCUGCUGGUCUUCCGGCUUUGAUUGAAAAGCAGGCAGCAGCUGCUGUGGAGGAUGCCGAUUCUAUCAUAUUUGUAGUAGAUGGGCAGACUGGUCCCACGUCAGCCGAUAUCGAUAUUGCUCAAUGGUUGAGGAAGAAACAUUCAGACAAGAGGGUGACCCUUGCAGUUAACAAGUGUGAAUCGCCGACGAAAGGACUACUGCAAGCCGCAGAAUUUUGGUCCCUUGGAUUUACCCCUAUAGCAGUCUCUGCAAUCUCCGGGACCGGAACAGGAGAUUUAUUAGAUAGUGUUUGUCUCGAACUGACGAACCCUGAGGUACCAGACGACAUCCCUGAAGAGGAGAGACCGUUGGCCAUAUCUAUCAUCGGUAGACCAAACGUGGGGAAAAGCAGCAUCUUGAAUGCUCUGGUUGGUGAAGAGCGAACGAUAGUCAGUCCAGUCAGUGGUACUACUCGAGAUGCUAUUGACAUGGAGUUCACCGGUCCUGAUGGGCAGUUAUUUCAACUUAUAGACACCGCUGGAAUCCGAAGAAGGACUGCAGUUGCUUCAGCUGCAAGCAGAUCUGAGUAUUUAUCAAUAAAUCGAGCUUUCAGGGCCAUUCGGCGAUCAGACGUUGUAGCCCUUGUCAUUGAUGCAAUGACUUGCGUCACGGAGCAGGACUUCAGAUUAGGAGAGAGAAUUGAGAAGGAGGGAAAAGCAUGCGUUAUUGUUGUAAACAAGUGGGACACGGUUCCCGACAAAGACUCCCAGAGUACGUACUGGUACGACAUCGAUGUUCGAGAGCGUUUGCGCGGGCUUGACUGGGCUCCAAUCGUGUACACAUCUGCCACAAGCGGACAGAGAAUUCAGAGAAUACUGGAUGCUGCCAGUGAUGCCGGGAAGGAAAGGUGUCGAAGGUUGAGCACGGCAGUUCUUAAUCAAGUGAUUCAGGAAGCACUAACUCUGAAGCAGCCUCCCACGAGCCAUGGGGGCAAGAAAGGUCGUGUCUACUUCUGCACUCAGGCUGCAAUUCGACCACCAACUUUUGUGUUCUUUGUGAAUGAUGCCAAACUGUUCCCUGAGCUUUAUCGGCGCUACAUGGAGAAGCAACUGCGAGCGAAUGUUGGUUAUCCAGGGACUCCGAUCCGUUUGUUGUGGCGGAGCAAGAAGAAAACUGAGCGACCUAAACCAGCGAAUGCUGCUACGAGAUCCAAACCUGCAUAUUCUUCACGAAGAUAUAAUUGAGCGUACCCAAAAGAACUUGUGUAGGACGUGAGCACAGCCAUCUUAAAACUUGUCACAGCAAUUUCACCACCAACAGGUCCGGGCAGCAUGUUUCUGGAGAUUGGGGUGUCUGAUAAGAAGCGCCUAUAAAUACUCGUGAUGAAAACAAGCAACGAGAAAAAUCGCAACGGAAAUUUACUAGUGAUGUAGAGAGAUGUUCACAAGGCGCGAGACCCGGACUGCAAAUUUUGUGCCCAUAUUUACAACUCUUAAUAAAGUC